ACAUCUCUGCCUCUCUCUCUUUAUUAUAUAUAUUUACUGUCUCUCAUAAUGCCAUAACAGAAUUUACUACUUCCCAUUAUCACGCGACAUACUAUACCAUGGCUUCUAACUCUAUUAGGACCAAUUAUUUUCCAUAUUUUCCUCUGUCACCACCCCAUGGUACUCCACUGCCUCCAAAAGUAUCCCCCCCAAAGCUGACCCCUCCUUAUAAACCUCUAUCUCCAAAAGUGGCACCACCCCAUUAUAUUCCAACCCCUCCAAAAGCACCUCCGGCUCCACAUAACCCCAUUACGCCACCACAACCACAUUCAGUGCCUGCACCGCCACAUCAUCUAACACCACCCGCAACGCAACCACCUCCCUCUCCUACUGUGGCACCACCAGCACCUGCUAAUAAACCACCUCCCUCUCCUACUGUGGCACCACCAUCACCUUCUACUAAACCACCUCCCUCUCCUGCUAUAAAACCACCACCCUCUCCUACUCUGACACCACCACCACCCUCGCCAAUUGUGCCUCCACCACCCCAUCAUCCAUUCCAUCCACCUCCACCACCUCACUCUAUUUCUCCACCAUCACCACCUCAUGUAAUUCCGCCUCCACCACCACCAUCCGGACAUCAGUCAACUGUAAUAGUCAUUGUCUUUGUUUCUAUCGGCGGUCUGUUCUUUUUCGCAUUCCUCUCAGUUGCUCUAUUCUGCUUCAUUAAGAAGAGAGCGAAGAAAACGGUUCAAAAAACAGAAAUACUUAGCAUAGAUGAACAUGUAAAAGUCGAGGAAGCCAUUGUACCAGGCCCUCAUGGUGCACAAAACACCGUAUUACUUGUAGAAGACGAUAUUCGAAUUGACGAAGAAAUCAAGAAAAACAAAAAUACUAGUGAAGGAUUAUUGCAUUCACAUCUUAAAUCUUUACAAGAAAUUUCUCAUUCUCAAGCUUGUGAUGGAUACGGCGGCAGCAAAGCCUCCUAGCUCACUCGUCAUCACCAGCAUCAGUUGUGAGAAUGAAUGGCAUCGGUAAUAAACUAAUAGCUCGCUCGAUCGUUAUGCUCCAUAAUAAUCCUGCUGUGCUGGAUUUUGUUAUACUGAAUUCCCCCCAUACUUAUUAUAUCUCCUUUGGGAGUUGGUGUGAACUUCUUCAAUGAGAUACUUUGCUGUACUCAUCGACUUUAAACGAAUAAAAUUUCUCCAGCAAAUAA